AGUGUACAACCACGGCUGCUGCCAGUGUGUGUUUCAUGCUUUUCGUUCGCAGCAUAGAGAGCCGUGUGUCACUGCAAACACGUUGAUUAAACAUUGAAGGUAGCAUGAGCUCGUUGGAGGUGUGGAGCAUGCACUUGCGAUUGUGAAUUUUCAAGUUUUGCCUUCGAAGAAUCACUUGUUUGUUGGACGUUGUUGAAGGUGCAUCGUUUUCCAUGACGCUUUGAAAAAUUGUAUUUAUUCCGAUUUUCAUUCGUUUAAAGUUUGAGCAAAUUGUGAAGCAAAACAUAUUUUUUGCAUCCAUUUGUGUUACCGGAAAUGAAAUUGAUGGAGUUUUUUGUGUGAUCGUUUUUUUCCCCUUUAAUCGAACUGAAUAAUAAACUGGAGUUUUAUGCAGAUUCGCAUGACAACCAUUACAAUAACAGGGAAAAAAGUGAACUGAAAUUCAAUUUUACAAACGUUGUAUAAAAUAUUACAAAUCGGUUUUAGUUUUUUUGUUUCACUCGCUCGCUUGUAUGGAAAAGAAAAUAGCUGAAGCUAUAAAAAAAAGUAUUCGAAAGUUUUUAAUUAAAAUUGAUAGCAAUUUUUAUCAUUAUUUUUAUUAUUUUGUGAUUGAUUGUGUGACUCCGGUGCGACAAUUCUGCCAGUCGAACUAUGUGAACAAAAACUUUUAUUGUGUUACACUCAGUGACUCAAUGAAACUGAUAAAAGUUUCAGCCGAAAUACGAAAAAAAAGUCAUCAUAAUUAAAUUUUCCAAACUAAAAGCUCACGGUCCAGAGAGAGUUUACGAAGUAACAGAAUUUUAAACGUAACGGACACAAAAGAAUAAGAAGAAGACAAAACAGAGAAUAAAAAACGACAACACCACUAACGAAAACAACUAAAAUGUACUAAUGAAGUAAUAAAGUGAAAAAUACCGAGGAAUUUCAUUCGAGAAAACUGUGCGCAAAGUGUGUGUGUGUGUGUGUUUUGGAAUAGAGAAGCGACCGGCAAAAACAUGAUCAAAUGGUAUUUCAUAAAACUUUUGCCAGUGUUCAUUUGGAUUUUAUCACAACAACACUUGCAUGCGGCGAACGGAGUUGCUGUUGAUGCAGUCAACGAAGACGACACACAGAGUCCGUGGAAACCGACAGCACAUCAAGUUUUGCCAACUGCAGACUUAUCGCAACUAUACGAAUCGAAAGAUGAUGACUUAGAGAAAUCGAGCAACACGCAACGGCGAUUCGACGAUGAAUUGCCAGCCGAAGCGGAUGGUGAUUGGAAGCCGGCUUUAAUUACCGCUGAAGAUCAACCGACAGCCGGUUUUGUGGUGUCGGCCACGCAAACGUUUAGCGAAGACGAUACAAUGCCAGCCAUUGACCGAAGAAAUGAUUGGAAAUCAAUUGAAACUGAUGUUCAAUCACCCGUGCUUGAAGUGCAAAGCCAAUUCAAUGCCGACCAAGUAACUGGCAAAGUAUCGGAUCGCCCACACUACGAACCAUGGGUACAACGCGAACGCUUUGUAUCGUCAACGUCAGCACCUGUUACGACAACACAGCGAUUUAAUAAAUCCUAUCGCAAACCGUAUGUUGGAUCACGUCGAAAUGAAGAACAAAAAUCCAAUGAGGCGCACACAACUGACGAUGGAAAAACCGCCAAUUUGAGAAGUAUUCUCAAGCAAACGGGUGGCUUAAGUUUGAGCGAAAUACUUCAACAACAGAAUCUCUCGUUAGAAGACUUGUUGAAAGGAAAACAGAACGCUAUACAAGCGCUUAAAAAUACUGCUGCACCGCCGCCGCCCGAUGGUGGUGCGAAAGAUGGUGAACUGGCAAAGUCAACACGACGUCUUCCAUCGCUGCCACAGCUCAAUGUCAUGAAACCAAGACGAAAUUUCUUUAAUGGAACAACACGCGUUACAAAUGCCGAUCGAGUUGAAAGUAGUAGCUCAACGCCAAUGCCACAAACACCCGACGAGAAAAAUGCGAGCAGUGAAUCGUCGUCAGUUGAAAGAAAAAUCUUCUCGACCAUUCCAACAUAUUUGCCCAAUGCGCCAAGCAAAUAUGACGGUGAAUCGGGUGGAUGGCGCAUACCGCCAUCGGGUCGUGGAAAAGUCAUCAAAGAAGUGGUAUCGGGAAUUAGGCCCGAUUUGGAUAAUUCAAAUCUGCGUAAGCGGAUGCCAAAUAUGAAAUUCUUACAAUCGAAAUUCCGAACCACUUCAACGGUUGAAACAUUGCCGCCGGAAGCAUCGAAGGCAAAUGAAACUCAAGGCGGCGAAAAUAAGCCAUCCGAAGAGAAAGAAGAGCAGAAGAUUGUGGACACAAUUGAAGUGGUCUCUUCAACGACUGAAGCGGAACCGGAAGCGGUUUCAGUGUCAACGACCACGGGAGCUCCGAGAAUGAAUCUACGUGAACGCUUGGCACUUCGGCCACCGAGAAUCAGAAAUGUACCAUCACUUCUACCAUCCACUGUUAGCCCAACCGAGCCAUCGUCUUCAUCACAGGCUCCAGUUGAAGUAACAUCAACCAAAGUCACUACAACCAGCGAAGAGUCACUUCCGUACACAAUCGUCACAUUUAACACUCAGUCAAAUGAUCAAAAGACCACUGAACCUAACGAAGUGCUGGACGAAGACCAGCCGAAGAAUGAUGAUUUGAAUAAAAAAUUGAAUGAAUCAGUUCCCGAAUUGAAUUUAGUUGAUCUGGAGGAUGAAUCCAAGUCAAAAGAGGUAACCAGUUUGGAGGAGCUGUUCAUUUCGGACAGCAUGGAUCCGGACAGUAACAGCAAUAGUGCUGAAAUGGAUGAAUUCAUUCAUGCUUCGUCCACAUCACGUUCGGAUAGUAUUUUCAAAUCCGAAAAACCGAAUUCACUCAAAAUUUUUGGCGGCAACUUGGUGAAUAUCAUUAGAAAAACUAUAGAUAAAUUGGACGUUACCGAACGCAAUCCCGGCCUGUUCACGGAUAUCACCUCAAGGUAUGUGGAUGAUAAAACGGAAUUGAUGGAUUUAUUGAAUGAUCGGCGCAGUGGUGCCCGUUUGGUCAAAGUGCUUCGACAAAGAAAUAUGACAGUCGAUGAGCUGCUUGAACAUCGGAAAAGAGGUAGUUCACAGGUUCAUUUGGCAGAAAUAUUCCACAGUCGUAGCAAAGUCUCUUCGACUACAUCACCAACACCGCCAACGCAACAACAACAACAGCAACAGCAGCAUCAGCAUCAGCAGUCAAAACUUGAUGUAGUAACUGCUUUCAAAAAUUUCCCCGAUUUCAAUUUGGACAGUGUGAAAAGUGUAGCUCCCGAUGAGAUAAAAACCGAUUCACAAGGCUCUAGCUACUUCACAUCGAUAACAAAUAUUCAACCAACGGCUGAGGUCAUCAAAGAAUCGCGUGCAAUUCGCAAACCAUUCGUUAUUCAAUUGGCUGAAAGUGCAACCGGUCGCAAUAUUCCAACACAACUAUGGAACAACGACCACAUUGAUGCAUCGUCACCGCACAGUGAGCACAACUUUUUGGAAAAUUCCUCGCCGGCCGCUUCGUUGUUUCUAUCAAAACAACACAUUUUACGACCAUCAACCGGGGACGAGAUGAACGUGAAUACCGCAUUCCAUGAUGUGGUCGAUCAAAAUCGAAACGAUGCAGCCGCACGAUCGCACGACCCGCUCGACCUAGAGCUCAGCGGUCACGGAUACAAACGUAAUAAUGUGCUAAUUGAAAAUGCACAAAUUCCAAUUGGUGUACGAAGCGCAAUUGUGGCGAGUGCAAGCAUUGUACUGAUUUCGAUGACAAUAUUCUUUAUCAUUUUCAUGGUAUGCCGAUGGCGACAACGGCGAAAGCGUAAAAUAUGCUAUUCGGAUCGAUUUCAAGCACUUCGAGGACGCCUUCCUAUUUUAGGCAGCCGCGAUGUAUCACCAUCCAAACGAAGUACUAGUCCAGCAAUUGCAUAUCUAAGUGCGGCAAAUAGUUCGCGGCGUAGCAGUAAACUGAAUACAAUGGACCCAAACUCACCAGAAGUGCAAGAUUAUUUGUACGAUGCCAUGCGAAAACCAUUCCAAUAAGCUGAUUCUAUCACAUUUUUUCAGAUCGACAACAACAACAACAACAAAUGAAUACAUCUAUAAUAUAAAUCUAAACUAGAGCAGAAAAUACACUAUUAAUAAGACUAAUUUGUAGAGGAAAACAUAACAUAAUAACAACGAUACUUGUAAAGAAGAAAACAAACCAUUCCAAUUACAUCAUAUAAUUUUCGUUUCGUUCUUAACAGAACUCUUUCGCUCGCAACAUUCGCACUUUUUCGAAUGUUUUCUUUUCUUCAAUCUUGAGAAAUAUAUACGUAAACUACCGUAAAACACGAGAAUUAUGAAAUGAAAUUAAGCAGUAAAAUUGAUUCGUUGUAGCAAAUAAUGAUUUAAAAUAGCACAAACACACACAAACAGCUCUCUUUCGAAGAUAGAAUUAUUACGAAGCCAAAUUGUAGCAUUCAAAUUGGAAACAUAAAUUACAUCUGCAUAUGAAAACUUACAAUUCAAUGAUGGUCAUUGCAACAGCAUAUUCAUGAAUGAUACAAAUUCAAUCAUCAAUUCACGGCAAAACACACAUUGCAUAUUUAUUUCACCAGAUUCAUCCAGAUUGAGUUCAUUAAUAACGUAAAACACACAUAUGAAUAUUAUGGCAAACACAUUUUGAGUAAAAUAACAACGACUCGGAAGAAGGAGAAAAGAAAGAGAAAAAGAAGAAAGAAAAAAACAAAAACAAACUGAGAAGCAGCAAACUGAGUGACUAUAUCUAGAUAUUCACACCACACACUGACUAUCACAAAGCACAUGUGCGUUGUGUGUAUCUUAUACUCGUUUUUCUCUUUCGGUUUAUUGUGUUGUAUAAAGUAAUUGUUAAGCUAAAUAACAAGCAUAUAAUAAAAAUGAAUGUGAAUGAGAAAAAAACAACAACA